CAAGCGGAGAGAAAAGAAUCAAAAGGGAGUAAAUAAGGCUGAAGCAUGAACAAGGCAGUAUUCAUCACUGCUGCAGGAUUUGCCAUGUCAUUGCUGUUCCACGUGACCCAAACUGAAGUCUGUCCUCCCUCCUGCAAUUGUAAGUCACCAGGAGAAAUGACGGAUUGGCAUAUAGACUGCAGUUCCAGGAAGCUGACGGAAGUGCCUGUCUUGCCCGUUAACACCAAGAGGCUUUAUCUACAGAACAACAGCCUGACCUCAGUCCCUCCCGGUGUCCUGGACAGCUUGCGCAGCCUGGAGGAAGUGAAAAUAUUUGACAAUCCUUGGAACUGUGACUGCCAUAUUCUGUAUCUAAAACUCUGGUUAGAAGACUUCUCUGCACUGUCUCUUGAAAACAUCAGAUGUGCAACCCCAGUUCCCGUGAGGAUGAAGCCCUUGAGUCAUCUGACUGGGAAUGAACUGGGGAUUUGUAAGAGGCUUCUCCCAAUCAAGUGUCUUGAGUUCUUUUGGCGAGACCUCAUUUUAAUUGCUGGAGUAAUAAUUGCACUUAUUUUAGUAGCAUGGGCUCUGAAAUUCUCAAAAAAGCUGGUCUACCAAAUAAAGCUAAGCCAAUACGACUCUAGGGGCUCACUGUUGGGGAGGCAGACCUCCAAAAACCACAAGAUACAAUGA